UUUGCAGAAUUCUUCUCUCCUUUUUCUGGGUCCUAUUUUUUUUCCUUUAAAAUUUUCUCUCUCCUCUCUUUUUCAUGUCAUAUUUGCCGUCUUAUGGCUAUGAGUCCUCUCUCGCAAUCAUUACACAACCUUCACAUAAGCCCUGGACCAGAGCUUAACCUUCCUCUCUCUCUCUCUCUCUCUCUCUCUAGAAUUCCAAGCAAAAUAAGGCAGGUUUGACAAGCUUCCAGCUAUGGGCUUUUACGGUUACAGCACAUAAAACCAAGUUUGUUACUUUCUCUCUCAUCGUUAUCUCCAAUUUCAUAGGUUUCCUCUCUUUCAUCGCUAUCACCAAUUUCAUAGCUGUUUUUCUCUCUCUCUCUCUCUCUCUCAUGACUGGUUUUGAUGGAAUAUGAAGGCUUCGAAAGAUGGGGAGCUCUCUUUCUUCUUUCCCUUUAUUUUCUUCUUCUUCUUUUCUUUAAUUAUAGUCUUGUGAAGAAAUUGGACCUCAGUUUUGGUCGCAGAGGUGCUCAGACAAGCAAAAUCCAGCAGUGGAUAGCGACUCUGGGAAUCAUUCAUCAUCACUUUGUUCACGAGAUCCGAUUCUACUGUAAUUUCUCUGAUUAUUUCAGAAGUCCCUGUUAGAAAGAGAAAAAAAUAAAGGAAGAGAGAGAGAGGAGAGGGAUAUAAGAAAAUGAAGUGGUUAUAGACCCACUGAACCAGGUCUUCACAGUUUAGGGUUUUCUUUUCAGUCAAAGGUGCAGUUUCUUCUUCCUCAAAUUAUAUAACCCAUGACCCAGCACAGGCUAUAGAGUCUCUCUCUCUAUAAAUCCUAUUUUUCUCUCUUGGGUUAUCGGCCAUGUCGAAUUUAACUUCUAUUUCAGAGGAUGCAAGUGUUUCUUCUGGUAAUAGACCUGAGAAUUUCAUCAUGUCUCAAGAUUUCAGUACCCUAAGCCCCAUGUUCCCCACUAUCUCACCUCUGCCACAACAACAAACAGUGAAGAGAAAGAGAAACCUACCAGGAAAUCCAGAUCCUGACGCAGAAGUAAUUGCUCUAUCUCCAAAGACUCUAAUGGCUACAAAUAGGUUUGUAUGUGAGAUCUGCAACAAAGGGUUUCAAAGGGAUCAGAACCUGCAGCUCCAUAGAAGGGGGCACAAUCUUCCAUGGAAGCUUAGACAGAGAAGCAGCAAAGAGAUUAGGAAGAGAGUGUAUGUUUGCCCAGAACUCACUUGUGUGCACCAUGAUCCCUCAAGAGCUCUGGGCGAUCUCACAGGUAUAAAGAAACAUUUUUGUAGAAAGCAUGGAGAAAAGAAAUGGAAGUGUGAGAAAUGUUCAAAGAAGUACGCAGUCCAAUCCGAUUGGAAAGCUCACUCUAAGACUUGUGGAACCAGAGAAUAUCGUUGUGAUUGUGGAACCCUAUUCUCCAGGAAAGACAGCUUCAUAACACACAGAGCUUUUUGUGAUGCAUUGGCCGAGGAAAGUGCAAGGCUCUCAGGCCCCAUAAACCAAAUGGCUUUUUCUGCUACUCCUUUGCCUAUGCAAACACAGCUGCCCUCUUCUUUGACACAACAAGCUUCAAAUCUUCUCUCUCUAAGAUGGGAUCAAAACCUGCAAAACCAAGAAGAUAACAAGCCUGAUAUCCCCAUAAUACUAAACCCAAAACCUAGCCUUUUGAAUCUCUCUAACCCAAUGUGUCAUCAAAGCUUUUCAUCCAAUUUUGAGUCCUCACAAAACUGUCAAAAGCAAGCCUUAUCAGGCUUUCUCACCAGUGUUACCUCUUCACUUAGCUCUCCAAUUUUCAGCAACAAUGCAAUUUCAAAUUCAAGCUCCUCUUCACCUCAUAUGUCAGCUACUGCUUUGCUUCAAAAAGCAGCAGAAAUUGGUGCAACAGUGAGUGGAAACUGUAGCAAUUCUCACUCCACACUCAAAUCCAUUUCAUCUCAGGCCCCAAAUCCUGGUUUCUCUCUCUACAGUGUGGGAAUGAACUCUUGGCAAGACCGAACUGAGACAGAUGAUAAUGUAUCAGAGAUGAGUAAUAUGGUGAACUCUAUAUCAGCUGCUAAGUUUGGGUCCAUUUUAGCAGAGAUGAAUGGGAUGAGCAAUAUGAAUGGUAUGAGUGCUAUGAAUGGUUUGAAUGGUCUAGAGAGAGAAAAUCAUGGAAAUCCAUUGACAAGGGAUUUCUUGGGUGUUGGAGAAGCUAACAAUAUGGGUAUGAGAGAGCUGUUGUCUUUUGCAGGCAUGGACUUGUGCAUGAGCUCAUGUGACCCGAACCAGAGCCUGAAACAAGCCAGUGCAUCACCAUCAACAAAUUUCCAGUUCUCUGAAUCGUGGGAUGGUUGAUAAAAAGGAAAGGAGAGAGAGAAAGAUGAGCAAGAGAGAAGGAGCAAUGGGUUUUUUUCUCCAGGGAAAUCAUGUGCUUUUGAAGGAUGUUUG